CAAAACUCUAUUGGGUGUACCCGAGAGAGAUCGGAACAGUCUGACUCCGGCAGAGGAAAGGAGUCACUGAAGUCGCUCACUUAUGCAGAGCUGUCUUCGCGCCUGCUCUGAACAGAGAUCCCUGUCAAAAUCGGGGAAUCUAUUCUUAGUCAAUGUCCGCCCAUUGUCUCGAGAUGCGCUCCUGACAUUGUAUCUCGCCAAUUUCGAAAAUAGGCCUGAAAUAACACCGCACCAUGCUUCUUUUCGAUUCUUUCUUUUUCAGGUGCAAACUACCUUUGUUGAAGCAUGCUUGAAACCCUGGUUAUACUCUAAAGCCGCCACGUAUUAUUUUCUGAGGGCUUGUUCAGGGUUUGAGUUGUGGAGAUUGCGACCCUUUUUAGUCUUGAAUCCUAUGCGUCAACCUCGGACUAGAUCGACCUGCGGUAACCUCGUCGACUUCUGCUCCUGAUUAUCAUUUCCACAGAUGUCAAGACCUAUGAGAAUCGUUCGUGCUCGGAGCUUCUUGUUACUCGAAUUCAUUAGCUCGGUCUUUAUUGUUCUUCGACCCGUAUUUAU